CUUUCUUUCAUAUACAUGUAAUUUCCAUUUCCCACAUUAUUCCUUCUUCUGUUCUUCCGGUCAUCCGUUUUCUUCUACUAGUCAAACACGACAAAAUACAUUAUGCGUUAUCAACGAACACUGGGUAACUUACCUUCUCAUGACGAUAUUCACUCUGCUUCUGCGUCUCCAAAGAACACGGAAACCAUGACUUCACAGCAAAAAAUAGAAGAAAUUUUGAAGCGACAACACCAAAACGACGAAGAAGGAGCAGAAAACAGCUUGUACGAACUGAGACUCGAAAUACUGAGGGGCGGUUGUCCUCCAAAGUUGCGGGGAUCAGCGUGGAAAUUACUACUGAGGUUAACCAACGUAUCGUCGUCAUGCUACGUAAAUUUGGUUCAUCGAGGACCGAGCCCAAUGGACUCCAAGAUCCGUAAUGACACAUUUAGAACAAUGACUACCGAUGCGAGUUUUAUUGAACACGUAUCAGAGGAUAUGCUAAUUCGCGUGUUGAACGCUUUUGUGUGGAUUAGCCGUCAAGAACGUGUAGGCGAUACUUCCGAAGAAUUGCAAUUACGGUCUUUAUUCCGAAGCUGGUAUUCGACGCCUGGCGAAUUGACUUAUGUUCAAGGAAUGAAUGUGCUUGUUGCUCCUUUCCUAACGACCAUGACCGAGAUGGAGGCUUUCUUUGCUUUUUCCACAUUUAUCUGGAAAUGGUGUCCUGUAUAUGUGGAGCAUACAUUGAGAGGCGUUCAUUGUGGUUUGAGGCUUUUGGAUCUGUGCCUGCAAUCGCUUGAUCCUAUGUUGUACGGUUAUUUACGAGGCAGAGGUUUAACUGCCAAUAUGUAUGCGUGCGCUUCUGUGUUGACCUUUUCGGCCUGCACGCCUCCGUUAUCCGAGCUGCUUCAACUAUGGGACCUGAUGCUAGCGUGCGGUACUCACCUGAAUAUUCUUUUCAUCAUCGCACAGUUGGCUCUUAUCCGUAAAGAAUUGAUGGAUUGCUCAAGUCCUAUGAAGAUUUUGCGGAAACUACCGAAUCUUCAAGCACAGCCUAUCAUCAAGAUCGCUCUGGCUUCUUGCAAGAAACUGCCGCCCGAUCUGUACGAUAAAUUAGUUCGCCAUGCUUACGAUGAAACCGUGUCCGAUUGUCUCGGAGUCCAACUGGCCGCUGGCUCUUCAAGUAUGCAAGAUGAUUGUACUACUGUUCCUCCUUACAUUGCCGAAGCGGCAGGCUACACUACAAAUGACUGCGCUUAGCUUUAAAACAUGGUCACGCACAACAAGAGACAAAAC